AGAUACGUUGUAACAUUGGAGUUGACCUAGCGGUGAAACAGUCUACAUCCACAGAUACCGGUUCCAGAAACAAGCAGAGACUCCACAACCUGUUACAGGAUGGAUGGGUAAAGGGAUACCUCUCAGUACGGGACACCUAUGUGCACCAGACAAGUCCACCAGACCGCUGCCACAUAUGUUUAAACGGUGAAAAUAACUUCAGUUACAUUUUUACUGGACUCUAAAGCUUUAGAAAAUACGGCGCUUCGUGCCACUCGGCUAUCAAGUUUCUCAGUAAAGCUGUGGAUACCUUUAUGACCCGAAAUGUUUGCUCGUCUUGUUGUCUGCCGUCUCCAUGGGGCCGCUUGAUCCUGUUCGAGUAUGUCCAGUGUUUUCACUAUGGCCAAAUAAGCAUAAUUCUCAGACACAGACGGACACAAAAAUCACCCAGGCAGCUGACAAAAAUGUCGCUUUCGCGUUCGGGUUCGUUCAAGUGUAGGAAUGAUUAUUGUAGUAGUAGAAGUAGUAGGCCUAAUGAUUAUUGCAGCAGUAGUAGUAGCAGCAGUAGCAGGUGCAGCAGUAACAGUAGUAGUACUAGCAGCAGCAGUAGUAGUGGUAGCAGGAUCAGCAGAAGUUGCACAAAUCUAGCGUUACUAUCUCGGGAGCCUACCUCAAAUGAUUCAAAAGAUAUUGAUGAGGACAUGAGCAAGCAACACACAGUGUGUUCCACAAAGCCAAACCCCAAGUAUAAAACCUCCCACCAGAUGAUUAAGGAAAAACUGGGAAGAAUAAAGGAGCAGAUGAAGAAGACCUCAACAGAACACCUGUGUCGGCGCCCAGAGAGGAAGCCAUAUCAUCCUUUUGUCUGGAACAGCUUGAGCCCUUACAGAGACACAUAUGAGAUUGACUAUCUCAUUGCCAUGAGUUCUUCAAGUAGGCAGGGAGAUGAAACCCCAAUGACUCAAAAGUCUCCAGAAGCGUGAUACAGUACAAAGCUAUAAAAUUUAACUUAGCACACUUUCUCUGUAACUAAUUUAUUUGCUAUGACUGGGUUUCCCUGCAUAGUAACUAAGUUGUAAAAACACCUGUUCACACUAAUCCGGAGAUCAUUUUAUUUGAAGCACUAUAAUUAAAAGGGUUUGUCAUUUCAUAGGAUGUGUGUAUGUAAAUAAUAUUAGAAUAACAAAAUACAUGAAAAACACAAACACUUGAUCAAUAAAAGCUCUUGAUUCUCAAAGCUCACACUUGAGAGGACAAACAACAACAGAUGAUUGAUCUAUAAUUCAACAUGUCCUUCUGGUAAAUCCCAGUCAUCCAAAGAUUCAAGUACGUUAGACUGUCAGUAUUGAAAAUGAAAUCCAAAUCACCCAGGCCACAUCCUAUUUAUAUUCCAGGGGGCCAUGUCAUUGAACACCCAGUUGCAUUCCUUUUGGAUAUUAGCUGCACCAAAGGAUGGAAAUCUCUGGGCAUCCAGAUAUGGAGAGCAAAAAAAGCCCUCCUUCCCAAAAAAAUCUAA